GCCGCGACGACGUGCGGCCCGAGGACAUCGCCGACCAGGAGCUCGCAGAGGCCAUACAGAAAUCCGUAGAGGAAGCAGAGCGUCGGAAGCCUUGAUGCAUGUAGUGUGUGUUUACUGCAGCUGGAGUGGGCCACAGACCAGAGAAUAGUGACAAAGAAACUACCUCACUGGAAAUGCCCUCAUUACCAGCUUCUGAUGGGUUUCAAAAUCCAGUCCAGUCUUCAGGACUAAAUUCCAAGAUCUCUAAUCCCACAAAUCAGUUACUUGAUCGUUCUGUCUCUGCCCCUGCUUCAAUUUGCUCAUCCAAAUCCAGCCUUGCAGAGCCCAUUGAUCCUAGAGCCGUCGAGACUUCUGACUCUCCACCUGAACACCAGAUAACCCCAGGAAAAGAACCUGCUCUGGAAUUACAGCAUCAUUCCAAAAGCUCUUCCUUGGCAAAUAAUGACCCCUCUCUGCACACCGGAGAUGGAACCUGCUCCAGUCCAGCUUGCCUUUCACAGAAGACACUCAAAGAAACAUUUAGUGCUGACAUUUUAAAGGAAUGUAAUAAAGAACAAGAUCAUGGUCAGGAACAUCCUCUGGAAGUGACAAAAGUCCAUUUGGAUGACACUGCUGCCAAGCACAAGCAGGAUAAAGAUGUCUGUCUGUCUUCAAAGCAGGAGCAAAAACAUGAGCUUCCCACAGACCAUCAGAUGUGCAAAGAGCCAGAAAAGGAACAUCUUGAGGAGCAAACUGAGACAACUGACCCAGAACCUCCUUGCUGUGUUGGUGGGCUUGAGAAACCUCCUGUGGCUGAAGCCAAACCGCCAGAAAAUCCUCCCAUGGCAAUGAGAGAUGAACUGGAGAGAGCAGCUCUUUCCCGUGUGAAAGGGAGUAUCCACCUGUCAGCCUCCUGUAGCCACGUGCACAUGGAAGCCUCCAUGGAAAUAGAUGCAGUGGAGCAGGCUGCAGCUGAAACACAGAGCUCAGCAAGGCAGCAGACUGAGAACAGACAUAUUUCCAACCUGAACUCAGAGGCUCUCUCCAUGGAGGUGGAGUUGCUCAAGUCUCCGUCCUCCUUGAGUGAUCCCCUUCCCACCAGGGAUGUCCUGCAGUCUGAAAGCGCCAGUGAAAUUCCUGCAGAGUAUCACAAGUCAGCUAAUUUGGCAGCAGACAGCUCUUCCCCCUCCAGCACCCAAGAGCUGGACAUGGAUGCAGGAAGACCUUCAGAAGAGCAAUGUUUCCCUCUAGCAUCAGCCUUGAAAGAGCUUCACAAACUCUUGGUUAUCAGUCGGCAAGGAGAAUGCAAGAUCCUUGCCUCGGAAGAAGUCUCCCAGCUGGAAACGGUUCAGAGAGAGCCAGCAGUGCAGCAGAAGGGACUUGCUGAAGGUGAGCAGAAAGGCUUGGAUCCAGCCAGCCAGGAGCAGAGCUGUUCCUUCCCUGAGACAACACCUGAGGGUGGAGAAGCAGAGGGGAGGCAGCCCUGUGAUUGUGGCAGAGAGCACAUCAACACCAGGCCCCUCAGUGCUGGGCAGCCUGUGCUCGGGGCGGGAGCUUUAGAGGGAGAGAAGGGCUCAGGUAAGAGCGAUGUGGGCGUGCUGAGUUCUGCAGCCACCCCUGGGCAGCAGCAGAGCCCAGAGCAGAGGGAGGGUUUGGCAGGAGGUUCUCAGAGUGCACCUAGCCCAGCUUUGGAGCAGAGCACGCCUGGUUCCUCCACACCUGCUGCAGGUGAAGGAGCACCAGAGGAUACUCAGGGCCUGUUCAGUGCUGGGAGAAGUGGCAGUGCUGCUCCUGCAGGUCCAUGGCUGCUGGGUGGCAGUGAGGAACCACUGCUGAGCCCCCCAGCUGCCUACACCAGACUGACUGAAGCUGGGGCUUCCUCACCCCCUGCUUUCCCUGUGGCUGAUGUCGACCGGAUCCUUGGUGCUGGUUUUACCCCACAGGAAGCUCUCCAGGCCCUGGAACAAGCGGGUGGAAAUGCAGAUCUUGCUCUUCUCAUUUUGCUAGCCAAGAGCAUCGUUGUCCCCACGUAACUGUGGAAGAGGGAGCUGACUGGGGGAUCUUUUCUUCUACAGGAGUAUCUCAAUUACACACCACAAUGGACGAGCAGAAUGUUGAGACAGAUUUUUUUAAUUAUUUGCAGCCAAAGUAACACAUCUCUUCUGUUUCACUCAUUAGAUUUGGGCUUUGAAAGGAAAGAAAACGUCCUUGCAUUGUGUGGACAGGAUAGCUUUUAAUCAUGCAUACUGGAUUAAAACUACUAGUUUUAUUUAAAUGUACAAUUUUAGAAUAACCUCCAAUGCUACGAAUAAAAAGCAGCAGCCACUGUGCUCACUGCCCUGUCAGGCACAAGCAGUUUGUGAUGGGAAUUGGCCACACGUGCACAGGAGGGGAGGUGCACACUGGGUCCAGCGUGGACUCUGGAUGUGUUGCAGCUCCUUGGAACCCAACAUCCAGCUGUUGAGAUUAUUCUGGAAGCUACUAAAGGUGUGUAAAUGCUCCUGGAUGUGUAAGGCUUUUGCCAGAGGAGUGAGGGGGUUUUUGGGAGUGUGGGUUUUUGUGUGUGCAUGGGGAAGGCUGAUGCUUAUUUUUGCCAAACCCUUUUAUGCUUUGAUUUCGAGUUGGACUCAAUGAUUCUUGUGUGUCCCUUCCAACUCAGAAUAUUCUGUGAUGCUCUUGGGCCAGUGUGUUCCAGUUUACAACAUGGGGAUAGAAGAAGGGAAGGGAUAGAAUUUGGUGCUACCAAAACUUAUAAGAUACAUUUUAACUUAUUUGGAGAUGUGCUGGUAUUAACUGUAAGGGGAGGGGAGGGGGGGGAAGGAGUAUUUACAUUUUGUUCUAGCCUUGCCCACAUCAUGUUUUUCCUCAUGCAAAAAGAACAAGCUCAACCAGUUUAAGGCUAAACCUUAAUGGUGAAUUUGUUUAACAAACCAGCUGUGUGUUACGGCUCUAGAUCUCCCUGUGCCCGGGGAGGAGUGAACUUCAUCUCAGUGGCUCCACGCAGGGCUGUGAUCGGAAGAAGGAGGAAUCUGCUUUGCUGUGGUUUGUCUGGAUGUCUGGGGUUGGUUGGUGGCUGUGCAUGCCUGGGGGUGCUGAUCUGACUCUGACACCUCCUCCAGAGCCAGGGCUCCCCAGCAGGGGUCACAGAGCAAAUGCACUGAUGUGGCCUCUGCGUUACAACCAUCGUGGCCUUCUGGGAGACCUCUGGUGAGUCCCCUGAGCAGUGAGGCCUCACCGAGGCUGUGCUGUAGGAAGCCCUUUCCAGAUGCUCUUUUGAGGGGGAAGAACUCCUUUGUGAUGCUCUGUCAGGGCUGGGGAAACAAAAUUUUAAGUAGGAGCUUUGGUUCAGUCCCACUUGCAAAUCUCAGAAGUGGCUUCAUGUUUGGUGUUUGUCUUGACACAUUGAGCUAAACCUGGAGCAAUGGCUCAGCAGCACCAGACACGUUUUUGUUCAUGGCUUCCAUGUGGUCUUGUGGCUGUCUCAGGCCUGUGUCCUGGUGUUUGUGUUCCCUGUUGCUUGAGCAGGUCUCCUGUGUGUGUGCUGGGCUGUUUUUGUGCAGGUGGCAUUUAAAAACACCGAUUUGGUUUCAUCUGUCACCUCCCAGGAGUCUGUGCUGUCAUUGAGUGCUGGUGUCAGAUUUGCCUCAGACACUUGGGCAGCCAGGAGAUCCUUUGGAGUAAUAAAGGGCUUUAAGGCAUUCUGCUGUCAAAUGGAGCUUCCCCAUGAGCUGGGACAGUACCAUCCAGACCUGGAGCUCCCAGACAGGUUUGGCUUACAUCCCUCUGCUUGUGAUGGCAGCAGCAGGCACUGCCCCUUGAGGGAAGCUGUGCUUGGCUGUCUGGGGCAGCACCCAGUGAUUCACUUGAGGCUCAGCUCAAAAUGAGGUGCUGGGGCCAGACUGCAGCUUCCUCAUCUUCACCAGGCAGGUGGCAGAGUUACCCCUGCUGAAGGUUUGGUUUAAUAUUCUCCUUCCAAUGAGCACCUCACAUCAGCAGGAGCCCCUCUGUGAAGGGCAGGCUUGGGCUGGUACAGGAGCACAGUGUCAGCAGGUCUCCUUAGAAGCUUUAGGAUCUAUCAGAGCCAUUCCUGUCUGCAUCUGCUUCACCAUCAGAAGCAGCAGCAAUGAGGCUCCCAGAUCCAAAAUGACUUCAGAUGGCUGAAUCUGCUCCUGAUUCACACUGCAGGGCUCGGUGAGGUGGCCCUGGGAGCAAAGGAACACGGGAGCCAGGGGCAGGUUGGCUCUGUUGGAUGGGGGAGAGCUGAACCUGCACCCGUUGCCUGUGUGUGGAUGUACUGCCAGCUGCUUGGAGCAGCAGAUGUUGGCCACUCAGUGUUGGCCACUCAGUGUUGGCCACUCAGUGUUGGUCCCUGUGUCUCUCUCUCUGUUUCAGGAGCCCUUGCUCAGCUGGCCCACGUGGUGCUGCUCUGCACCAAGCUGGUGACAGGCUCUGCUCUCACGGCCACGCUGACUUAGGCUGCACAUACAGAAUUUAUGCUAUAAAAGCUUUAGAGCAUCAGCCAAUCUGCUUCAGUGCUCACUUUUAUUCCUUGUCAAAUAUAAGUUUUGAAUCCCACCCUUCUGCCAAAGCUGUAUGGAAGCAUUUAUCCAUAGUGCUAGAAUUCCAUGGGUAACUCCCCAGACUGCUAGAAACAAACCCUGACCCCCAACUGAUAAAUAUUUCUAAAACUCUUUUAUCAAGCAGGUCCAAGCCUGGUGAUUUAAAUCUCUUAAUUUCCAAGCAUUGCUUUGAGUGAAUGGCUAUGUGCUGCUAAAUUAGUGAAUAAUUUUUUUAGGAGCAAGAUGUAGUAUAACAUUGGGGCAGUGGUGAGUACUUCAGGUUAAAAUAAAAUGUAACAGAAUGUGUGCUUAGCCAACGCUGUCUGAAAGUUGUCUUUGUUUCAACGUGUGUCCUCUCUGCUGCAUGCACACGCACAUCCUCUGUUCAGCCUCCAGCAGUCCCUCACUGCUCCCUGUGCUGACCUGGCCCUCAGAGUGGGAGUUUGUAUAGGAGAGGAGGGAUGGCAGAGUGCUGUGGCUUAUUGGCUGCAGCAGGGCAUGGAGGUGCCACCAGCAGCUCUGCAGGUUUCCAAGAAGCCAGGUAUUCCAGCCUAAAAUCAG